ACUUCCUGAGGUCACCGUCAAGUUUUGUUUUGGGAGGGAGUUCAUUUUAUGUGAGUCUACACUUUGUUUUUAAACUGGCAAAUGCGUAAAAUUAAGUGUGCCGUCGUGGACAAAGAUUCUAGGGACACUAAAAACCCGUCGAAAGAAAGUGGAAUGACUACAUUUUUCACCUUAUACACUUAACGAUCUAAAACAUGGCGGAACCAAACCAAAGGCCUCAACGUAAGAUGUCCACCGCAGGAGACGGUCUAUACAAGGUCCUCGGACUGGAGAAGGGGGCGUCGCAAGACGAAAUAAAGAAGGCAUACAGGAAACUAGCACUGAGGCAUCACCCUGACAAGAACCCAGACAACCCCGAGGCAGCUGAGAAGUUUAAGGAAAUCAACAAUGCCAACUCCAUCCUCAACGACGAAACCAAGAGGAAGGUCUAUGACGAGUACGGUUCCAUGGGCCUCUAUGUGGCCGAGCAGUUUGGAGAGGAGAGUGUUAAAUACUACUUCCUCAUGCACAAGUGCUGGUUCAAGACCCUGAUGGUGUUCUGUGGGAUCUUCACCUGCUGCUGCUGCUGCUGUUUCUGCUGCUUCUGCUGUGGGAAGUGCAAGCCACCGGGGAACGAGGAGCACGCAUACGUAGACCCAGAGGACCUUGAGGCCCAGAUCAGAGCUGAGCAGGACAGGGGUGAUCAUCAACCCAUUGUGGUCCAACCUCAUCUUGCUGCUGUUGAGAAGGCAGAGUCCGACCACGACCAGUCUGCAUCCAACCACUCUGACCCCAUAUUCACCACAACGGACCAGUAAGAACCUGUUAGCGAGGCGUCUUCCCAUAGCCUGGUCCCAGAUCUGUUAGUGCUGUUUUGCUAACUCCUAUGGUCAUAGGGACUUGGCAAGAAUGCACAGACAUGGGACCAGUCUUGUCUGCUACUGCCAACCAAGAUGGUCCACUCCACUGAAAAUACUGUGAUCAGUUUCUGGGGAUCAGUGGCAGGUGCUUAAAUGCUUACAGUCAACCCUCUGUACUAUAUGUGGCCAAAGCCAUGUACAGUUCCUUCAGAAAGUAUUUAUACCCCUUGACUUAUUCCACAUUUUCUGUUACAGCCUGACUUUUUCUUACCCAUUGACACACAAUAACCCAUAAUGACAAUGUGAAAACAUGUUUUUUGACAUUUUUGCUAAUUAAAUGUAUAAAUAUCUUAUUUACAUAAGUAUUCACAACCUGGAGUCAGUAGUUGUUAGAAUCACCUUUGGACGCGAUUUAAAGCUGAGUCUUUCUGGGUAAGUCUCUAAGAGCUUUGCACAUAUGGAUUGUCCAAUAUUUACACAUUAUUCUUUAAAAAAAAAUAUUCCAGCUCUGUUAAGCUCAUUGCUAGACAUCCAUUUUCAUGUCUUGUCGUAGGUUUCCAAGCAGAUUUAGGUCAAAACUGUAACUAGGUCACUCAGGAAAAUUCUAUGUCAUCUUGGUAAGAAAAUCCAGUGUAUAUUUGGCCUUGUGUUUUAGGUUAUUGUCCUGCUGACAGGUGAUUUAGUCUCCGUGUCUGUUGGAAAGCAGACUGAACCAGGUUUUCCUCUGGGAUUUUCAUCUGUGCUUAGCUCUAUUCCGUUUUUUAAAAUUUUAUAUCAACCACUGCCUAGUUCUUGCCGAUGACCAGCAUACCCAUAACAUGAUGCAGCCACCACAAUGCUUGAAAAUAUGAGGAGUGGUAUUCAGUAAUGUGUUGGAUUUGCUCCCAACAUAACACUUUCUAUUCAGGACAGUAAGUUAAUUUCUUUGCCACAGGUUUUACUUUUGUGCCUGUUUUGGAAUAUUCUGUACAGACUUUCUUCUUUUGACUUUGUCGUUUAGGUUAGUAUUGUGGUGUAACUACAAUGUUGUUGAUCCAUCCUCAGUUUUAUCCUAUCACAGCCAUUAAAGUCUGUAACUGUUUUAAAGUUACCAUUGACCUCAUGGUGAAAUCCCAGAGC